CAAGUCGAAGAUGCAUGGGGUGUGCCAGAAGAAGGCUUGGGCCUUACCGGAGUACAGCAGCACCAAGGAGAGCGUCGAUCACGACCCUCGCUUCUCCGCAUCCGUCCUCGUCAACGGCCUCACUUUCCACACUCCCCAAUCCUUCCGCUCCUCCAAGCUCGCCCAAAACGACGCCGCUCGCCUCGCAUUCGAGCACUUUUCUGCCCCCGCCGCCGCCGCUCCUUCCGCUUUCCCUCAGACCAAUCUUAUCGCAGGUGCAGAUGUACAGCAUCAUAAGAACCAGCUGCAAUAUUAUGCUCAAAAGAGGAACCUAAUGUUACCUGUGUACUCUUGUGAGCGUGAAGGUCCUCAUGCCACUCGUUUCAAAUGUACAGUAACAAUCGAUGGACAGACUUAUCAGGGUCUAUAAUUUCUUUCCACUGUGAAGGAUGCUGAACAUGCAGCUGCAAAAGUUGCUUUGAUCUCCCUGUUGCCAAAUGGAGUCCAAGAAGAUGAUACUGGUUUGUACAAGAACCUUCUACAAGAACUACUUCAUAAAGAAGGUCAACAUGUACCACUUUAUAGCACAACGACAUCGGGUGAACCUCACAUGUGUAGGUUUGUUUCAACCUUGGAGAUUGGAGGAGAAUACUUUACAGGUGAGGUAGCAAGAAGCAAGAAGCUGGCAGAAGUGAGUGCAGCAAAGGUUGCUUACAACACUCUGAGAGAUCGUAAGUUGAGUCAUAUUCCAUUGUUUCCCACCUCGGCUAUUGAAGGGCAAGUCUGUUCUGACUUAUUAUCAUCUAAGGCUCCAUCAGUUGUAGCGGCUGAUCUACAACAACAAAUGAGACCCAACACUCCAAUUCCAAAUUCAGUUAAAAGGGAACCAGAAUUGGAGAUGAGUGUGGCCACAGUGGGAACCAGUCGUCUGGGGACAACUCCAUCUUCGGGAGUUAUUAGUAUUACUGUUGGAUCCACUUUAUCUGGUACUGUACAUGCCCGUCAACCGGAGACUUCACGUUCUGCUUCUCCUACGCCUCAAAACGGUUCGUUUUCGACUCUGGCUUCUGACUGUAACUCAGAUGAGGACUCUACUCUUGAGCCACCAGCGAAGAGAUUCUUCUCUAAUAAGGUUUCUGUGCAUUCACGGAUGGCGGCGACACUCCCAGAAGACUGCGUCGUGUUGCCCCUUGGUGAUGAAAAUUGGGUUGAUGUAUCGCCCAUGAAGUCAGAAUGUAGAAUGGAUCACUGAUAAUGUGGUGGUUAUAUACUUAUAUGUAUAUUGUAUACCGAAAAUGAUUUCUCUUUUUUUUUAUAUUGAUUUACUUUGCUGGGAAACCAUAAAAGACUCGUUUAACU